CUCCGCUAACUAAACUGCGGAACUAAAAAGCAGCGAUGCGCUCCGUUGCUCGUCAAUCGUAGCGUGAAGUUGAGGUAACACGAAGGCCUUCCUUAUCGACCACUCUGCUUGAGUUUAGCUUAUCUUCUGCAAGCAGGAUAUUUAACUACAACAUGCACAAGUUGCAAGUUUACUUAACAUUAGCUAGUCGCGUCGUUUUGACAGCUAAGGCUAACUAGCUAGUAGGCAUUUGGUGCUCGACGCCAGUUUCAAAACAAAGCCCGCACAAACCCGAGAAGUUGAGACUCAGCUGUCAGCGUCGGGGUAGCUUGUUUCAAAACGAGCCAAGCUAGGCUGGAGUCUCGUCAGACGCCAUCCAGUUGGUUUUUUAUCAUAGUUUUUACAGCGUUGUUUUGCUGACGGUAAGGCUAAGUUUAAAAAAGCUGUCAGCAGGUUUUGGUUGUGACGCGUUUGAGCUGAUAAUUAUCCCACCAGCUAGCGUUAAGCUACGUGGUCCUGGCGAUUACAAUCACAAUCAAGUUUUGAAGCUUGGAUUUAAAUGUCCGAAAAGAGUUCAUCGUCCGGUUCAGAUGAGGAUGUGGACCCGGAAUCCGGGCAGCCUGUGGAGCUGGGAGGCGUUUUAAGCAAGUGGACAAAUUACAUACACGGAUGGCAGGACCGAUGGGUCGUGUUGAAAAACAAUACUUUGAGCUACUACAAGUCGGAGGAUGAACGGGAAUAUGGCUGCAGGGGGUCCUUGUGCCUCAGCAAGGCUGUCAUCACACCUCAUGAAUUUGACGAGUGCCGUUUUGACAUCAGUGUGAACGACAGUGUCUGGUACCUCAGAGCUGAAGAUCCUGAGCACAGACUCCAGUGGAUUGAGUCGAUUGAACUGCACAAGGCCGAGUCCGGUUAUGGUUCAGAAACCAGUCUGAGGCGUCAUGGUUCCAUGUUGUCUCUCACCUCCGCAGCCAGUGCCUUGUCUGCUACAUCCACAUCCUCCUUUAAGAAGGGGCACAGGUUGUGUGAGAAGUUAGCAGAAAUGGAGACUUUCCGGGACAUUCUGUGCAGACAAGUGGACACGCUGCAGAAAUACUUUGACUCCUGUGCUGACGCUGUCUCCAAAGAUGAAUUCCAUAGAGACAGAGUAGUGGAGGAGGAUGAAGAUGACUUUCCUACCACUACAAGAACCGACGGCGAAUAUAAUCACAACAACAAUGGCAGCAAAGAGAAAUUGUUUCCCCCUGCCAGUCCAAAAGGUAUCAAUGGUAUAGACUUCAAGGGUGAGGCCAUCACCUUCAAGGCCACUACAGCUGGCAUUCUGUCCACCUUAUCCCACUGUAUCGAACUGAUGGUCAAACGAGAGGACAGCUGGCAGAAGAGAAUAGACAAGGAGCUUGAAAAGAGGAGGAGGGUAGAAGAUGCCUACAAGUCUGCUAUGAAUGAACUGAAGAAAAAGUCACACUAUGGAGGCCCAGACUACGAGGAGGGGCCCAACAGCUUGAUCAAUGAGGAUGAGUUCUUCGAUGCGGUGGAAGCUGCACUGGACAGACAAGACAAGAUAGAGGAGCAGUGCCAGUCAGAGAAGGUCAGAAUACCUCGACUAACACCGGUUCCUCCAGGAGACGCCUACUCCACCAUCGGCACACACAGAUUUGCCACCAAGCCCAAUAGCCAUUCUUCUUCCCUGUCCUCCGUUGAGCUAGUCAGUGCUUCAGAUGACAUUCACAGAUUCAGCGCUCAGGUGGAGGAGAUGGUGCAGAAUCAUAUGACUUAUUCUCUUCAAGAUAUGGGUGGAGAUGCCAACUGGCAGCUGGUGAUAGAGGAAGGGGAGAUGAAGGUGUACAGGAGAGAAGUGGAAGAGAACGGUAUCGUGCUGGAUCCUCUCAAAGCUACACAUGCAGUGAAAGGGGUGACGGGACACGAGGUUUGCCACUACUUCUGGGACACAGCUGUCCGAUUGGACUGGGAGACCACCAUUGAAAAUUUCAACGUUGUGGAAACACUCUCCGACAAUGCUGUCAUUGUUUAUCAGACGCACAAGAGAGUGUGGCCUGCCUCUCAGAGAGACGUGCUCUAUCUGUCAGCCAUCAGGAAGAUCCUGGCAACAAACGAGAAUGAUCCCGACACAUGGCUGGUCUGCAACUUCUCUGUGGACCACGAUAAUGCCCUUCCCACAAACAGGUGUGUCCGUGCCAAAAUCAAUGUUGCCAUGAUCUGCCAAACUCUCGUUAGUCCACCUGAGGGCGACAAAGAGAUCAGCAGAGACAACAUCCUCUGUAAGAUUACCUACGUUGCCAAUGUAAACCCAGGAGGUUGGGCUCCAGCAUCAGUCCUCAGAGCCGUGGCCAAGAGAGAAUAUCCCAAGUUCCUCAAACGCUUCACCUCCUACGUACAGGAGAAAACUUCUGGGAAGCCGAUCCUCUUCUAAACACUGAGAGCUUGCAAAGGAUCAUGGCUGCCUGCUGGAGAGACUACAUUUUUCAGCGUGAAAUGGGCUAUUGAUGACUACAUGACCCAUUCAUCUGUCAAUCAGAACGUGUAUUCAAUCUACUACAUGCAAAACACCAUAUCAUCCAGGACGUCCCACAGGACACGUGCUUGUAGAAGAGACUGGUUGUACAGCUUUAAUCCAUCAGUAGUUGUCAUCCCAGCCACAUUGUAAUGGCUUAAUACCACCUGUUGGUCAUGGGUACAUUUAUAUGUACAUUCAAGAGUUUCCUAAGUGGUUUUUUGAAUGGUUGUUACCAAUUAUUUGCUUUUUUUGUAAAUUGUUUUGUACAUUUCUUAUGAUUACAUACUUCUUGACUUUAUGGGUUUGCUUUCAUCACUAGCAUUACAGCUACUUGUUUUGCUGCUGCUAAAGUAACUACUAUGAGAGAGGAAAGUAGGUAUUGACAGGAAAAGCAGUGAUGAGGUGUGGUACAGUAUAUCUUCUUUCUUGCCUUCUCCUGUCCCUCUAGUGAUGACUCUUCUCUGCAGUUUGAUGGAGGGUCAGAGCCUAAAGCUUUGAAUAUGUUUCUCUUCGAAAUCUUUAUAUUUCUAGAUUGUUAUAAAGUAACUUUUGUGGAGAGAGAACCAUAGACACAGUGUAUUGUACAGAGAAAACAGAAUAAGUUUUCAAUUAGUUUACCAAUGUGAGAAAUGUGAAUUGACUGUUAAACGCUUGAAUCUGAUAAUUAAUGGGCCAAUGAAUUCUGAAGUAGGAGAUAAGUCUGAUGAUCCAUGUUGGACUUUAUUUUCAACAGAGUUAAACUGAUAUAUUUGGAUAUCUGUGAUGUAGUUGACAGUCUGUAGAUGCUAAAUUUUGGUCUAUUGCCAGUAUCUGCCUUUAUCCUCCAUCUGACACGGUUUCUGACAGAUAUUUGCAAUGGACCAGUCAUAGCGUCUGAUGUAAAGAUUCCUCUCUUUAAUUGAGAGAUGAGGUGAUACCUUUUUUUUCUUUCUUUUUUUUUUACACCCCAGGUUGUUUUUCACCACAGUCAGCCCCUGAUGAAGCACUGAAAAAUCUGUCACGAGUGUUAUUAUUUCCCUCUCAAUAGUGUACAUGCUGGGAUAAAAAUGCUCUUAAGUGCUGCUGCUGUUGUGCAGGAUAAGGCAAAGUUGUAAAAUGUUGAGUAGGAUAUCAUCUACACCCUAGACUCUUAGUCAUACUGUAACAUUACAUUUCACAUGCCACACUACAGUGCAGUGGCCUCCUGCCCUUUGACUGAUAAACUACCCCCAGAAUGCCUUAGACACCAGGAUGAGCCCUAUAAAUCCUGGAUAUCUCUACUGUACAGCCACCAGAUGUGCAUUUAUCAACGCUGAAAUGAAGUUGGGUGGGGGAGAGGGUCAGCAUUUCACAUCAUCUUACCUCAAGAUUAAGAUUUACUCUAGAUUGUGUUUCAUGCCAUCAAUUUUUUUUUUUGCAAUCAGUAGAUCUGCAUGUUGUCACCAUCAGUUUUGAGGGGUCAGAGGUUAGGAACGAUCUGCAUUCAUUGUUUUGCAGAUGAUCACAAGAGCUAGAUCUAUGAGCAAUGUCAGCUGAAGAAUGCAUUUAGUGUUUUUAAUUUUGAUAUUUUGUCAGUAAUCUACACACUUUGUAUAUUUCUAAGUUGUACAUCAGAAGUGUUAUUAUUUGCACUAAAUGUAAUGCAAUUAAACAAUGUUCUGUAAAUUAAAAUUGUUACACAACAGACACAA